AACGAAAAAAAGUUGCCCCUGGUCAUGAAAAAAGCCAUCGGAAGCACGAGAGAGUCCAGAAAUCACCAAGAAAAAUCCAGAGGGCGGACAUUCCUUUAAGCCGGGAAUUCGCUUUUUAUCUCCCUAAGAAAGAUGGUUGUAACGCUUGUACAAAGGGAGAAUUUGUAGGCUAAAUCUUGCGGUUAUAGCCUAUUAAAGUUGUCAGGGUAUUCUCGGCUUGGCAGUGGACUAAGUUGUCCAACUUUCGAGUCGCUAACUUGCCACCAGAAGGCUAAUUUACUCAAGGCGGCUGCGGAAGAAAGGUAAUCGGCGAUCAGUGCCCAGACCAGCACGGAAUAGGACGAUGUCAAAUGAAGAAAGAUAUAAAUUGGUGGUCGUGGGCGGUGGAGGUGUGGGGAAAAGCGCCCUUACCAUUCAGUUCAUUCAGUCGUACUUUGUGUCUGACUAUGACCCAACCAUUGAAGAUUCAUACACUAAAAUCUGUACCGUGGAUGGAAAGGAGACACGAUUAGACAUCCUCGACACAGCAGGACAAGAAGAGUUUGGAGCGAUGAGAGAGCAGUACAUGCGCUCCGGAGAGGGUUUCUUACUGGUGUUUGCUCUUAAUGACAGUGGCAGUUAUGAUGAAAUACUGAAAUUUCACACCCAGAUACUGCGGGUGAAGGAUCGAGAUGAUUUUCCUAUGGUUCUUGUUGGCAACAAAUCAGAUCUUGACCAGCAGAGAGCGAUCUCAAAAGAUGAGGCCAUGACUUUUGCCCGAGAAAACCGGAUCCACUAUAUGGAAUCAUCAGCUAAGAACCGCCACAAUGUGGAUGAAGCCUUCAUGGAGGUUGUGCGAGCAAUAAGGAAGUUCCAGGAGACCGAGAGCCCACCGCUCCCCGCUAAUCACGGGGGGAAGCAGAAGAGUGGUGGCUGUCCCUGCACCCUGCUCUGACUGCCCCUCUGCACUGUUGCCUAGGAGACUGAAGCCCUCACUCUCACGCCUGGUGCCUUAUGUGUCUACACGGAGUGUGUGUGUCUGAGUCUGUGUGUGUGUUUGGCACUGUAUGCAUCAGUGUUUUAUUGGCUUUUACAGUAUGUAUGAAUUUGUUUUCAAGAAGAAACUAGACCGUAAAAUAAGAGUGAACCGUGAAUCUGUUGGAAAAAUGGAGUUCUUGUUUCAUCCACGUUUUAUUUAGUGCCUUGUAAAAUCAUGCUCUUGUUGUUAGAUUCAAGCACAGUGUUUGUUUAUAUCCGACCACAGGUCACAGACUGAUUGUGUGCCACAAAAGAGAUUUUUUUUUAUUCACCACUGAGGUGGUGAACAGUAGCAACAAUGCAUUUUUAAACAACCACAUCAAAGAUAGGCUGUGCUGACAUAGCUUCUGAUUGUUCUUGUGUCAUCUUGUGUCAUAUAUUGGGUUACUGACUCAAAAAGAUAAGUCAGACAGUGUUUUAUCAGCCAAGAGCCUGUCUUUUCUUGGGAGAUUCAUUUAGUCAGUGAAACUGCACUGAAAUGGCUGCUCUAAUCUAUACCUUGCUUUCCCAUCAGUGGCAAAAAAUAUAUUCAGCCAGCUUGUUUUAAUUUAUCUCUCCUGAAAAAGCAAUGUGGAAUAACUUUAAUAACUGAGUAUUGUUAGUGUAUACGGUAGUGUCGAAACGGUGGGUCCAGUAUCUGAAAUGCUAGUAUUCAUACAAACCAAAGGCUAUAAUGUACAUGUUUGCACACCUAGCUUUGUCAUCGUGAAUAGUUUUCUAAUGUAGUUUAACACUAAAAUGGACAGAUUGUGUGGUUUUAUUGUGGAAUUUCAUUUUGAUCUGCUUCUUUUUCAUUCUGAUUUGAUGUUUUUUUAAAGGUACUUGUAUUUGUUCGUAUAUGCAGAAUAAGGCAGUCUGUCUCCAGGUUCACAUGCAUGUAUUGUAUGUGACAAGCUUGUGAUUUUUUGCACCUUCAUUCGUAGACCGUGAUGAAAAAGGAGGAAUUGCCAAAUAAAUGUACUAACAAAGCAUGGUAUUAAUCUGUUGUAAGGGACUGAGUCACUCUGUAAAUUGGUAGAAAGGCCUAGUUCAGGGUGAGGAAAAAAGCAAGACUAGGUGCUUUUCCUUUUCAGAGGAUAGCCGUUCUUAUGGUAUACACCCGUCUCUCGAGGGAGUGGCUACUCAGUUUUUAAUCAAGGGACAUUCAAUUUUUUUCCCCAAAACCGUCAAAUUCUGUUGUAGAUCAGGUUUGUCAGAUGCAAAUAAGAACAAAUCACUAUUUUAUUUGCAUUGUUAACCGAAUUACACAAUAUGGUAACAGGAUGAUUCUCAUUCAUAUUGCAAUAUAAUUUCAUGUCUUAAGUCUUGAUUAUUUCAGUUUGUUUUUUUAAUUUAAGCUAUGUUUUUGUUGGCUCUGUUGAAAUAUCAGACACCAUUAAUCUUCCAGUUUUGUAUCUAAAUCUAACAAUAUUCUUUUGUACACAAUUAAAAUGCAUCUAUAAACCGUUUCAUGUAAGAAUUUA